GUCCAGGCGGCAGGAGCGUCAGGGGCGUGUUCUGCGCGUGGAUUGGUCGGAAACAGACGCCGCCGCAAGGCCCGCGGAAAACGCGCGCUGAGAUCGGCUCCUGUGGACUUGGUUCUUGGAGCUGGUGGCGGCGGCCAAGGUGGCAUGGAUCUCAGCGAGCUAGAGAGAGACAAUACGGGCCGCUGUCGCCUGAGUUCCCCUGUGCCUGCGGUGUGCGGCAAGGAACCUUGUGUUGUGGGCGUCGAUGAGGCGGGCCGGGGCCCGGUGCUGGGCCCAAUGGUCUACGCAAUCUGUUAUUGUCCCCUGUCCCGCCUGGCAGAUCUGGAAGCCCUGAAAGUGGCAGACUCAAAGACCCUAUCGGAGAGUGAGCGGGAAAGGCUUUUAGGGAAAAUGCAGGAGGACGGGAACUUUGUGGGCUGGGCGCUGGACGUGCUGUCUCCAAACCUCAUCUCUACCAGCAUGCUUGGGCGGGUCAAAUACAACCUGAACUCCCUGUCCCAUGAUACAGCCACUGGGCUUAUACAGUAUGCAUUGGACCAGGGCGUGAACGUCACUCAGGUAUUUGUGGACACCGUAGGCAUGCCAGAGACAUACCAGAAGCGGCUGCAGCAAAGUUUUCCCGGGAUUGAGGUGACAGUCAAGGCCAAAGCAGAUGCCCUCUACCCUGUGGUCAGUGCUGCCAGCAUCUGUGCCAAGGUGGCCCGGGACCAGGCGGUGAAAAACUGGCAGUUCGUGGAAAAACUGCAGGACCUGGAUACUGAUUAUGGCUCAGGCUACCCCAAUGAUCCCAAGACAAAAGUGUGGCUGAAGGAGCACGUGGAGCCUGUGUUCGGCUUCCCCCAGUUUGUCCGGUUCAGCUGGCGCACGGCCCAGACCAUCCUGGAGAAAGAGGCAAAAGAUGUUAUAUGGGAGGACUCAGCACCCGAGGAUCAGGAGGGACUUGGGAAGAUCACAUCCUACUUCUUCAAUGAAGGGUCCCGAGUCUGUCCCCGUGCUUCCCACCAGUAUUUCCUGGAGCGUGGCCUGGAGUCAGCAACCAGCCUCUAGCAGCUGCCUCUCCUCGCUCUACCUGUCUCCCUGACCCAGACAUUAAAGUUGUUAAAGGAAAACCACAUGUAGGAGAUCUACUUUUGGGGCAGAGCGAGGUGGGAGUGUGCUCUGCAGCCGGGUCCAGCUGCUGCCUUUUGGAACCUAAUUAGAAUGAAUGUUGGUUGAUUGAUUUCA